UCAUUCUGUGCACUUUAUUACAUUAAGCCUUGUUAAAGUAAAUAGCUUUUGCUUUAUUUUCUCAAUUAAGUUUUUUCCUUCUACUUUCCAUUGUCAGCCCAUAUCCACACACUUUUCAAUAUGGGAUGGCCAAAAUAUGCUAGAGGAAAGCUAUCUUUGCCUGUAAUUACAGGAAUUUUCUGUACAUUAGCAUUUAUUGCUUUAUUGUACACUGAAAGGAUUAGCACUUUCUCUUCUGGCUCUCUUUUUGGGGUUAAAUCUUGUCCUAGACGAAAUGUUGCAAAGUUUAAAAAACAUCAUACAGGUGAUCGAGAAUUGAAGAGCAGUCCACUAGAUAAUCCAACGGACGAUAGGUUCGAGUUUGAUCCCGAGGAAUGCAGCCUGAAUAAUGGAAAAUGGGUGUUUAACACUUCGAUUAAGCCAUUGUACACAGAUAGAACAUGUCCAUAUGUUGACAGACAAUAUUCUUGUACUAAGAAUGGUCGAAACGAUUCGGAUUAUCUUCACUGGGAAUGGCAGCCUGAUGACUGCAUCUUGCCAAGGUUUGAUCCUAAGAUUGCCCUGAGAAAAAUUCAAGGAAAGAGGAUAAUGUUUGUAGGAGACUCAAUACAAAGAAAUAUGUGGGAAUCUUUUGUGUGUUUGGUUCAAUCUGUGAUCCCAGAAGGACAGAAGUCUAUGAAACAAGGUCGUGUUCACUCUGCCUUCACAGCUAAGGAAUAUAAUGCCACAAUUGAGUUCUACUGGGCACCAUUCUUGGUGGAGUCUAAUACAGAUAUUCACAUAAAAGUCGAUCCAAAGCAGAGAAUAAUCAAAGUGGAUUCAAUCAGUGAACGCGCCAAACAGUGGUUAGGAGUAGAUAUCCUUGUUUUCAACACUUAUGUUUGGUGGAUGAGUGGCCUUAAGGCCAAGGCACUAUGGGGAGAAUUUGCAAAUGGAGAAGAAGGAUAUGAAGAAUUUGAUACAGCAAUAUCUUACAAGCUGGCAUUGAGAACAUGGGCAAAUUGGAUUGAUUCAACCAUUGAUACUAACAAAACAAGGGUGUUCUUUACUGCCAUGUCCCCUACGCACCAAAGAAAUGAAGAUUGGGGUAACAUGAAAGGUAUAAAGUGUUUCAACGAGACAAGACCGGUGAUGAAGAAGGGGCAUUGGGGAGUCGGUUCGAACAUCGAGAUGAUGAAGGCAGUGGCUGGUGUAAUAGGGAGAAUGAAAGUUCAUGUUACUGUUCUUAACAUAACACAAUUAUCCGAGCACAGAAUUGAUGGACAUGCAUCAGUUUAUGGUGAAUUAGGAGGCAAAUUGUUAACUGAUAAACAGAAAGCAGAUCCAUUGAAUUUUGCAGAUUGUAUACAUUGGUGUUUGCCUGGAGUUCCUGACACUUGGAAUAGAAUGCUUUUUGCAUAUUUGUAGCCCACUAAUAUCAGGAGACAAAAGAAAAAAUGUAAAAAAAUUAAAGCAUAAUUUGUUUUCUCCUUUCAGUUGCAAAAUUGUUUGAAUAUUCUUGUAAGUACAUUGAAUCAAUAUGGUAAAGUAAAUGAAAUUUACACCAUGUGUGAAA